AUGGAUUUGGUGGAUCCCAACGUCGAAAUCCUACCCGGCAUCACACAAGGAGGUGCAAUGAACGCCCUUCAGUUGGCAGCCAAACUGCACGAGCUAAUCUUGGUCGCCUCGCUGGGAAACAUCAUUAUGCAUGUAGCCCAGGCACAUAUCGUUGGCAAUCAUGGGCUCCCCCUCGGAAUGCUGGCGAAUAGUUUUGCGGUGGGCUCUGGUGACUACAUCAGGACCAAAGCAUAUUGGUCUUCGAUCAUGACAGGCAAGGCUCACUACUGGAGGUUCUGGCUCCUCUCGCUCCUGGCGACCAUCCUUGCGACGCUUGCAGGACCAUCUUCUGCCAUCGCAGUCAUUCCAUCCCUUAACUGGUUCCAUAUCGACAGGCCUUUCGUCAAUGAUGUUCUCCCUUUCUAUAUCUACAACCAAAGCACAGUGCUAUGGCCCGAUGAACUUACCAAAGGGAGUGUUAAUGCUCCGGAUUCGGGCGUUGACUGCGUGAACGCUACAUUGUCCACCUCGGUCCAGGAUUCAUGUCCCGCAGGCGGCUUCCGCGACACUUAUCAAUGGGCGGGCAAUCUACUGUUCACCAAUUCUACUGCUGGCACGAAUAUCAGCUUUCCCGACGCCCGUGGAGAUAGCCGAAGAGUUCUUUCGACCCAGAGCUGUGCAAGUGACUUUGAUGGGAGAGCCUCAGGCAUGUCAUUAAACACAUUCAUCACGGGGGCGCUGACUGCCUACUGGACUUUUGCUCGCAACAACUGGCAAGGCCUAGCUCUCUCAACUACUCGACCGAGGCUGAGUCUAGCUGGCCCAAUAUAUGCUCCAAGGGUCGAGGUCAUGUGUAACGGAAACGACUACUACAACACCUCGGAGGUCGAAGAUCGUUCUCAUGUCAACUUUCCCAGUUUCACGCCCAAGAAGCAACUUCCCAAUAAAGACUACAUCCUGCCAUACCACAGCACGAUGAACGACACGACAUUUGACUGGGUGCACAUGCCUGAGGGAGCUGAGAACCCAUCAAUCGGUGCUGCGGUUAGAGUACCCUGGGAAUACACGACUACGGACGAUCCAACGGACCUGCGCCAGGCAACAGAGAUCCACGCCUGUAGUAUCUACGCGCAGUGGGUUCCUGUGGAUGUUUUCUACGAGCCGAGGAGCAGCGAUCAGGUUGCAUUCACCACCAGAGGGAAGCUGCCAAACACCUGUCUCACUCUCCCUCACAAGGCUGCCGUAGCCCAACCGGUCAGGAACAUCACGAUCAGCCAAGAUUACGCAGACGCGAUCAACCAGGAUAUUGCCUUCACUGACGGGCCCGUACCUGCCAUCGUCGCCAUGCUUCAGCAAGCAGUGUUCGAGGACCCCCGAGUCACUGACCAAGUCAUGAACGCUUUCAAGUCACCGUUUGUCGGCAGCGCGCAAACAGGUGUAUCUGCCAACCGUACAAUCGAUGACGUCCGAAGGAGUCGUGCCACGAUGAUAUCCACCUUACUUGCCGGCGCAAUCACCGAUGGUCUGGCACGAAUCGCUGGCAACGGUCUUUUCCCUUACUCACCGUCCAUGUUUCUGCUGAAUCGGACAGACGGCGACAAGCUCGUUGGCCGCUUCCUGGUGACGACCGCUCAGGGCGGGGAAGACGAAACUCUGAAUACCACAGCCGCAGACCUCGGGAACCUGCUCCGCAUCGAUCCCGUCUUCGAUCGCUAUGGGUAUGGCUAUAGCUGGGAAGGGUCGAAGACUGUACAAUUCGGGAUCAUCCUGCUGCUGAUUCACGUGGUCGUUGCAGCUUUGCAUUCCACCGUCAUCUUUCAUAAGGUUGUCAUCCAGAAGGAGGGACUGGUCAGUUCAUGGUCUACGGUCGCAGAGCUGAUUGCGUUGGCGUUGAACUCGCAUCCAUCGCCGAAAUUGCAGGACACUUGUGCAGGUGUGGAGGCGGCGAAAACAUGGAGACAGACUGUCACUGUACGUGAAACCUAUCCCGGCCAUUUGGAAAUGGUUGUCGGCUCGGACGAGAAAACACGGUAUCCUCCGCCACAGGCGGGCACUUUGUACGGGCAUCUCGACGAAGGGGUCGACGAGUUCUUCGACGCAAAAGAGUCCUGA